AUGACCACCUCCAAAAUCAUGCUGCUCCUCCUCCUCCCACAGACAACGGCCUUGCAGCACGCGCGCCAGGCCUACGCCGAGUUCCUGCUGCCCUGCUGCGACGGCUUGGACGGCAGCCGCGCGACGCUCGAGGACGCCGGCGACGCCUGGACCGUCACGGCAGCCCGCGCCUACAACAGGGGCCAGACCAUCUUCUCGGUCAGCAGCGACGCGCUCCUCACGCCGACGGCGGCCUACGGCGACAAGGACCUCGGCCCGCCGCUGCGCGACCUCGCGCGCCAGGCGGGCCCCGGCUUCGACGUCGUCGCCGUCGCGGGGCUGCUGGCCGCGGAGCGCGUGCGCACGUAUCGCGCGCGCGCGGACCAGGGCCUCGCGCCCGAGUCCGCGGGCACCGUCGUGCCGUCGACCUGGGGCCCCGUCGCGCGGCGGCUCUGGGCGGCGGACGCGCCGGCCGUCGACCCGUCCGUCGCGCCUCUGGUCGAGCAGGCCGUCUCCCUGCUGCUGCCGCUGCUCGAGGUCGCCGCGCGGCGCGCCUUCACGGCGCCGGCGCCCGUCGAACCCAAGGGCUUCGCGCCGGCGAACUGGCGCGCGAUGCUCGAGGACGGCGCGGGCGACAGCUGGUCUAGGGGCGAGCUCGAGCGCGUCGCGCGGUCCGCGGUGGCGCUCGCGAUCGACCGCCAGCGGGCGCCGCCGCCGCCCUUCGGGGACGGCGGCGCGCCCGGCGCCUGGGAGGUCACCGCCGACGCGAUCCGCGAGCCGGGCCGCCAGGUCGCGGCGGCCGUCGGCGAGGACGCGAUGGCGAUCCCCCCGCCGGAGGCGCUCGUCAACGGCGGCGGCGACGCGAACGCCGCGCUCGCGUCCUUCGCGGGCAAAGUCCCGAGCGGCGAGGCCCGGCCCGCGCUCGUCGUCGUCGCGACUCGGGACAUCGCGCCGGGCGACGCCGUCGUCGCGGUAGACCCGUGGGCCUAA